CCGUCUGGGACGUACCUGCAUAUCCUGCGAGUAAACCACAGCCAUGGCAGAAGGAGAGAGUCAAGGAACGCCUACACUGGCAGGAAACUUCAAAGCUUUUGCGAUGUUCGGUGACAGCAAGUCGGUGGGGAAAACGAUGACGAGCAAGAACUUUGACAAGUGGUUGAAAGAUGCCAAAGUCGUAGAUGGAAAAAAGAUUCCAUCCACAACCACUGACAUUGCAUUCGUCAAAAUACUGGGCAAAAAACCAAAGGGGACGAAGGUGAUCGAAUUCAAAGAUCUGGCAGCUGUGUUGGAUGAGAUAGCUGCUCACGCGAGCAAGGCCGAUGCAAAGAAGAAGGGUGUCCCAGAAGAUGAUGCCAAGCAGGAGCUUUUGGGUCAGAUGAAGAAAAAGUUGUCCAGCUGCAACCAUCCAGGGCUGAAAGGAACCACCUCUGCGAGUAAGAAAGGUGGAGUAGACAGGCUGACAGACACAUCCAAGUACACGGGCUCACACAAGGAGAGGUUUGAUGCAGAGGGUAAAGGAAAGGGCAAGGUAGGACGUAAGGACAUUGAUAGUGGAUCGGGAUAUGUUAGCAACUACAAGGGAGAAGGAACUUUCGAUGAAAAGGUGGCAGGUGAUUGAUUUUGAUGUGUUCAUUGGCUGGUAAUGAGCCUUGGCGCAGAAUACGCGUGAAAUGCGAGGUCGUAUAUAUUCAUCAUCAAAGCACAGAGCUAUAGAUGUAUAUGUUAUCAUAGGUACAGCACUGGCUUUGGGAAUUACUGUGCAAGGGGAUGUAGGGUUCAGUGUUUUCAUAUAAACUCUUGACCACCCUUGUUUGACUAGAAUCAAUCAUACAUGUUACUGUAACGUGUUAGUAGCAUGCUGAUGUAGAUUACCUCACGGGUGUGCCCGAUAUGUGGUGUCAUACUGCAAACCACGUAUGUGCAACUCUAGUAAUGCUCAUUUGUUUAUACUAGUUACUCAGUACAUAGUGCUUUUCUGUUAACUAUAAAAAUCCAUGUUAGUGAACUAAAUGCAGAAUCAGCACAUAUUUUUGCAUUUGUCAGACAUAUAUGUUUCUGGCUUGCCCUUGUUUCAGGCACAACAUAAAGAAAAUCACGUAUA